AUGGACUGUUCAAGUACCAAACCAUCCUCGAUCUUGCUUGUGUGGAAAUAUGCCAAUAAAAAGUUGACUUUACGGACAACUUGUGGUUCGAUCACUUCAUAUUUGGCAGAAAUCGAUGAUCAAUGGCCAAGUUUUAUUUAUCAUACUUUUGUGAAUCGAGAGCAGCGUAAAUAUAUCGAAACUCUUCGAGAAAAAUGUAGCGACAGCAGCUUUGCAUUGGUUCAUAUUGAUUUUGCCGAAAAUUACAAACCUCCUGUGUUUCAUCAACGUUAUCAAUCAUCAUUAACUCAGUGUUAUCGAGACAUACUUAACAGUGAAAUCAAAUUUAAAAAACGUGAAUUAUCUCAAUUGUAUCGUUACUCUCAUCAUUUAAAAUGUGAUUUAACAACUCAUAUUGAUCAUUUAACAUUUGUCCGCUUAACUUCUAUCAUCGAAUCCUUCGUUUUACGUUCACAAACUACUUGGAGUCUUUCUCAUGAAAACAAAUUAAUUAAAUUUCGUCAUCAGCAACAUCCUCCACCAGUUCAUAUUCCUUCAUGUGAUUAUCCGAAACAAGCAGUUCGGAAUUUCUCCAAACGUCAAUUAACCAACGACGAAAUAUUAGCACUUUCAAAUGGAUUAGACUUUGUUUUUCCAUCUUCCAAAUUGAAAGAUGAAACGUUAGUCUCCGACAUGGAAGCUUUCUUUGUCUCUUUACUUGGUUAUACAACUGAUCGAAGAGACUAUGAAACCAAAGAGGGAAAUGAGCGCGUUCAAUACAAAUUAACUCCCGAACAGUUAAAAUUUUCCACCAAAAUUCGACGUGCUACGGACGACUUUAGACACAAAUCUCGGAUUACUCCGAAGAAAACAAAUACCAAUGGAUCCAAACAUUCAGAAAUAUUAAAGACAUUGGCGAAAGACAAAUCUAUUAUCAUCACUAAAGCUGAUAAAGGGCGAUCAGUUGUGGUACUUGAUCGUGAAGAUUAUUUGAAUAAGAUGGAAAUCUUGAUUAGUGAUCACACAACAUUCAAACCAAUCGACAAUGACCCAACGAUUACUGAAGAAAACCGUUUAAUACGUAUACUUCGCCAAUUGAAAGAACGUGGCUUUAUUAGUGAAAGUGAAUAUAACUUUUGUUAUCCACGUGGAUCUCAACCUGCACGUCUUUAUGGACUCCCCAAGGUCCAUAAGGACGGUGUACCAUUAAGACCGAUCCUUUCUGCAUCUGGCACCUUUAACUUUGGCAUUGCCCAAUUGUUAGUGCGCAAACUCUCUCGUCUUGCCAAACACUCUACAGUCAUUGAAGAUACGUUUAAAUUUUUGGAUGAGUUACACUCUCUGAAAAUCAACAUGAAUGAUCAUAAAUUACUAGGUUGA